AUGACACCAUCGCGCACCCCCGGUGCUCGCACGCUUUUUCUUUACUCGGCCCCAGGUCUACGGGAUCAUCCUGGCUACGCUUCGGCUUCCAGCUUGAUAGGCGCCGUCGCUGAGCUGUUAAGCUAUGCCAAGCCAGUCCAGACUGAGGGCAGCAGACGGUGGUUCUGGAAGUUGGUCGUGGAGUUGGUCGUGGAGUUGUCGUGGAUACCGUCCCCUACGACUGUAAAGGAACGGGGAGUUGCUGGCGGCUUGCGACGGGGGAAAAUCGCGCAGAAGGCCGACCAACCUGCUGUCAGGGGCGCUCUCACGUGGUGGGAAGUGGAUUCCUGCGCCUCCAAUUGGCAUUUGAUCCUGGUCGAGGCUGGCCUGAGUGCUGGAGGUGAAAGAGGAAGGCGAGAGAUCACCUGGACAGGCAACCCCGCAAUCGGGUGCUCUUCCCUAAUCUACUACCUAGUAUGCUUGCUAGCAAUGCAGCAAUACCUUAGGGUAGCUGCCAAUAUUUCAAUAUGGUCAUAG